UGGUUUUUAAUCACAGUUUUUAUGCAUCUUGGCAUGUUCUCCUCCACCAGUCUUACACACCGCUUUUGGAUAACUUUAUGCCACUCCUGGUGCAAACAUUCAAGCAGUUCAGCUUGGUUUGAUGGCUUGUAAUCAUCCAUCUUCCUCUUGAUUAUAUUCCAGAGGUUUUCAAUUUGGUAAAAUCAUAAAUGUAAGAUGUCUCUUCAUUCUUACAUUUUAGUUGGUCUCUUAUUUAAUUAGUUGGUCUCUGUAUGUUAAAAUUGAAAUGGAGACUUUUAUAGUUAUAUGUGGGACUUUUAUAUUGAAAUUUGGUGACGGCUGCUCUUACCGGCUGCCUCAGUGAAAUGUUACCAAACCAGCACUCAUGUUAUCAAACAAUCUCAUCUUUGCAUUUAAGGUCACUGCAAGACGAUCAUAAAUUUGAGUCGGCUGUAUGUUGUUCAGUAAUACGUAUUAGCUGAAAUGUUGUAAGUGUUCUUUCUGGAAUGGUCUAAAACAGGCGGGUAAACAGGUUUCUGUAAGUUUGAGAAGUAGUUAGUUAGUAACGUUUCUCUGUUUAAAACCUGAGCAGCGGAAACAGUGGCGAGAAGUCUUUAUUUUCUUCAGUAAUAAAUUGUUAAACUCGCGGUUUAAAACCCCGAUAUGGCCUCUGUGCGAGUCCUGACAGCCCUGCGGUGUAACCCCGGUCUCAGGUCCGCGGCGGCUGCUGGUCCUCUGCGGCUGAUCUGCAGCUCCGCUCCACAGCCUGUCCGGGUGCUGUACGAUGGAGAGUGUCCUAUAUGUGUUAAGGAAAUCGAGGUUCUUCGGUUUGUGCAGAAGAACAGGACUGGUAAAGUGGAGUUUGUUGAUAUUUCUGUACCAGAGUACGAUGGUGGGAGGUACAGAGGGGUCAGUUAUGAAGUGGCCAUGAAGGAGAUGACUGUGAUUGACGAGAACGAUGAGGUUCACCGUGGCGUUCCUGCAUUUGCUGUUAUGUACAAAGCUGUGGGUCUGGGCUGGUUGGCCAGGUUAAUCUCUCUGCCUCUCAUCAGGCCUCUGAUGGACAGUGCAUAUGAUGUGUUUGCCAGGAACAGACUGAGGUGGACUGGACGAGAAGAAUGCACAACAGGACAGUGUGAUAAGAGAGACAAAAGAGAACCCCGAUAAAUUAUUUUAAUACAUGUCUAAAUAAAUACACUGCCCGGCCAAAAAAAGUCGCCACGUGGAUUUAACUAAGUAAAUGAUCUGGGUUUGAUGCUGCAGUUGGUCAGGUCUAGGUUCAGCAACAGUAUGUGCUGAAAGAAUGAAGUCAGCUGACUACCUGAAUAUAUUGAAUAUAGACCGGGUUAUUCCAUCAAUGCAUUUUUUAUUUCCUGAUGGCACGAGCAUAUUCCAAGAUGACAAUGCCAGGAUUCAUGGGACUGGAAUUGUGAAAGAGUGGUUCAGGGAGCAUGAGAUCAUCAUUUUCAUGUGCAGUGGUCAGAUUCUACCAUCAUCAAUGCUGCAAGAUCUUGGUGAAAAAUGAAUCUUGUGACAUUGCAGAAGCUUGUUGAAACAGAGCCACAGCGAAUGCAUGCUGCAGUCAAAGCUAAACAUCACAUUAGAGUGUGUAAAUUGUUUUUGGUGGCGACUUUUUGGCUAGGCAGUGUAUAUAAAUGAAAAAUCAUGUAUAAAUAUAUAACUACAUAUUUUUUGUCCAUUGCAUUGCCUGUGUUUACUCAUUUUAUUUUAUGUUAGAUAUUGAUCUUUUUAUUUUACAAACCAUCUUUAAACAGGUAAAAAAAAAAGACAAAAAAUACAUAAAAUGAGCUCUUUCUUUGCCUUGCUGGUUCUAGUGCUGCCAUGUCCUAAUGAAAGUCGCUUUUUUAAAAAAUGUACUACAAAUAAUUUAAUAAAAUUAAUAAAAUACAUCAUGUCCAUUGUAAUGAAGGCAGGAUCUGAAAGGGUUAAACACUCGGGAAGCCGAUAAAAAAUAAGAUUGCAAAUUUGUCCAGUAUAGGCUCAAUAUACAUCAAUAUAAAUGACACACAUCUGAAUGCAUAAUUUUAAAAAGGAUACAAAUAAAUAAAACAAUUUAAUACACCUUAA